AUGAUUGGACGGCUUAUGAUUUCUUCGUUUCUCGUACGGCCUCAUUCUUAUAAUAGUUUUUGGAAUGUUUUGUGGUUAAAUGUCAAUAAUGUGUGCAAAAACAAAAUUAUCUAUAACCAGAUUUUUGUACCUGUACAAACUCUAAAAUCGAAUACAAAAGAUGAGAUAAAUUGCUACAAUGAACCAAAAGCAAAAAUAGUUUUACUAUUAAACUUGAAAUCUCCAGAGGAUGCUGUGCCAUUCUACAAGCUACCAAUGAAAACAUUGCUUCACAUAUACAAGAUCACUAUGAAUGAUGUUGAAAAUGGUUUCUGUGAAAACCGGCUUUAUUAUUUGGCAUCUCGAUUAAAGUGUUCGCCAACUGCCUUAUGUGAAAAAUUAACUAAAAGAACCUUUGUUUACUCCUUAUCAUUUGAUUGGUUGAAAAAUGCCUUAGAUAUUUUGUUAGAAAUGGGUGUGUCUGAAGACAGAAUAAUUCGGGAUUUAUGGAUAUUAAAAUAUCAUCAUGAAACAAUACGCCUAAGACUUCAACAAGUCAAAGAUAAGGGUAUUGACAACUUAUAUCCUUGGAUGGUUAGAUGCCCUGAGGAGGUACUAAAUAGGUCAAUUAGAUUAAGCCAAGAAACUAAAAAUAUUCUAGGAGAAACAAAGUCGACACAGAUUUAUUUAGCUAAUCGUCUGAAUACAUCACUUAAUUCUGUGGAAGAGCUGUACUCAAAAACACCUGCAUUAAAAACAAUCAGAGUGACCAAAGCAAAAAAGUUCCUAGAUUUUCUUAUUAAUGAAGGAUUUACUGUUGAAGACAUCGCUAAUAAAUCAAGAGUGUUAUCAGCUUCUCAAAAAACUGUACAGCAAAGAUUGGAAAUGUUACGUGAUUUGGGUGUCAAUGACAUAAAUUUGAAUGUUCUUUGUAGAAGUAGAAGAGAUUUUAAAAAGUAUUGUGAUACCUUACAAUUACUUGCUAAAAAGGAUAAAUAGUUGCUCUAUUAAUACUUGCAUAUUAAAGAAUAAUUAAAUAAAUUGUGUAUAAUAGUUUAAUUUUAAUUAUAAAAUAGAGAGUGUGAU